AUGGGCGACCUCGCCAACCGCAAAGUGUUCAAGGUGUUCAACCAAGAGUUCAUCGUCGACGAGCGCUACAAUGUGACCAAGGAGCUAGGACAGGGUGCUUAUGGCAUCGUCUGUGCGGCUACCAACAACCAGACAGGCGAGGGCGUCGCCAUCAAGAAGGUCACAAACGUCUUCAGCAAGAAGAUCCUUGCGAAGCGAGCCCUGCGCGAGAUCAAGCUGCUCCAGCACUUCAGAGGCAAGUCUAUAUUGCACCCGUCGGCUGUGACACUACUAACACCUGCCAGGCCACCGCAACGUAAGAAACACCCGAUAACAUGUCUCUACGACAUGGAUAUUCCCCGCCCAGACAACUUCAACGAAUGUUACCUCUAUGAGGAGCUCAUGGAGUGCGACCUGGCAGCCAUCAUCCGCUCUGGUCAGCCGCUUACCGAUGCCCACUUCCAGUCAUUCAUCUACCAGAUCCUGUGCGGUCUGAAGUACAUCCAUUCGGCAAACGUCCUCCAUCGCGACUUGAAACCUGGCAACCUUCUCGUCAACGCCGACUGCGAGCUUAAGAUUUGCGAUUUUGGUCUCGCAAGAGGUUUCUCCAUGGAUCCCGAGGAAAACGCAGGUUACAUGACUGAAUAUGUCGCCACCCGAUGGUACAGAGCUCCUGAGAUUAUGUUAAGUUUCCAGAGCUACACGAAAGCUAUCGACGUAUGGUCAGUAGGCUGCAUCCUCGCUGAGCUACUUGGAGGCAAGCCCUUCUUCAAGGGCCGGGACUACGUCGACCAGCUGAACCAAAUUCUGCACUACCUUGGAACACCAAACGAAGAGACACUCUCGCGAAUCGGCUCGCCUCGUGCCCAGGACUACGUUCGCAACCUACCAUACAUGCAGAAGAUCUCGUUCCAAUCGCUUUUCAGGAACGCCAACCCGGACGCCCUCGAUCUGCUCGACCGCAUGCUCGCUUUCGACCCAUCGAGCCGUAUUUCAGUCGAGGAAGCCCUAGAGCACAGGUACUUACAAAUCUGGCACGAUGCCUCCGACGAGCCUUCGUGCCCGACAACAUUCGACUUCCAGUUUGAGGUCGUUGAGGAGAUUCCAGAGAUGAAGAAGAUGAUUCUGGAUGAGGUCAGCCGCUUCCGCCAGAUGGUCCGCGUACAACCCGGUGCAGGCGCUGGGGCGAACCAGGCGCCGCAGGUCCCAAUACCCAAUAACUACGACCGCGCUGGCUAUGAAGACCCAAGGCCACAAGAAGCGUUCAACCAGGGUGGAUGGAACGGCAGCGACUUAGAGCGUGACCUUCAGGGCCUUGACGGCCGUAUGCGAUGA